AAGCAGAAUAUAUUCUUGAACGGGAACGCAAUCGUGAACGGAAACGUAAGAAUGAGUGAGAGAAGAAUAACGAUAUUUGCUAUCCUUCUCUUAUACAUUCUUACGUUUCCGUUUACGAUUGCGUUCCCGUUCAAGAAUCAAUUCUGCUUAGGCCUUCACCAUAUUAAAAGCCGCAUGUACAUCCAUGUGUUUUUAAUAAAAUAAAUAUAGUUUAUCAUGAGUGGUAAUUAUAGGAAUUUCCUAAAGUUAUUAGAAAAUUGGCCACUGGAUAUUUCAAAAGCUGGAAGGGAUCUAAGUCAACACAUUCGCGAUCAGAUACAGAUUGCAUUCUCAAAAGGCGAUGUCCCUCAGGUGAAUCAAGAUCAAUGUAAUCGCUAUUACGCCAGCUUGAAACGAUUGAGUUUAAACGAAUACGGAAAUCGCUAUAAACGUAAAUUUGAAUCAACAGCAAGUGGACUCACGCACGAUCAAUGUAAUAUAGCGCUUACGCCAGAAUUAUUGUCAGAAUUUCAAGAAGAAGAUCUUAGCUUUUUGCAAAAGAUCAAGAGAAGAGUCAGUGGAUCGUAAACAAAAAAAAAAAAAUGACUAGUAAAGCGUUAAGUAAGUUUAAAAAUAAAUUUUUUAAUUUUAAAUUUAAUUAUCAUGAGAUUAAGAGAUGUUGUUCACAAUUACAAUAUGCAAAACCAAAAAAGCCAGUUCAUUCACCAGUUAUGGUGAAUGAGGUGCUCAAAUACAUGAAUUUGUCACAUGGGGAAACAA